AUGGCUACUCCAGGGAAUGAGCCAAAAACCCCUGGAGGAGACCCAACGACGUUUACCGCCUCACCCACUCUCUGGGAUACCCCGGAAGAAGGGCCUUCCCAGCCUAAAUUAACGGCUAAAAAAAUACAGGAGUUCGUCCGUGCCAACUUCCAUGAAUUGGACCACCUACUCCAAAACAGCAGGCAGGACGAUAGAGGAAAGGAGCCGAUGGAUCCGAAGGAGAAGAGGAGAACCUCCUUUCCAGAUCCUAGGCAGCUGUUCUCAGAUGAAAAGGAGACUCCCUCUAAAGGUCAUUACACCGUCAGUAGUAGCUCAUCCGGGCACGGUGACGAAGAAUCUGUCUCGCAAAGGAAUAGAUCCCCUGCACAUAGAGUUGUUAGAAUGCCGUCUUCCGAAGAAAGCGCACAAAUAGAACCUCAAACUUACAAAAUCUUAAUUGAUGCUUUCAUAAAUGGGCUGCGACAUGGAAGGUAUUACACGGAGUUCAUGGCGGACCCUCUGGAUACUUUCAAAGAAGUACUGAAAAGGGUAAACAAGUAUGCUCAAGGGGAGGAAGCCAACCAGAAGCGCAGAGACGAGUCUCAGAGUGCCUGA